AUGUCCAUUUGGAUUGCUGGAUUGAUUGUAUUGGUUUUAGUAGCGUUGACUCAAUAUGUGAGAAAAAUCCUACAAAGAAACAAGAUUAACGCUCUCAAGAGUGAUUUACGAAAAAAGUCUCGAUUGAAUAUUGUCAUUACAGGAGGAUCAAAGGGACUCGGAUUUGCACUCGUCAAGGAAUUUCUUCGCCUCAAUGAAAACAACCAUAUUGUGUUUUGUGCCACUUCACCUCAAUCCAUCGAGAGUGCUUUCCAUCAUCUAGAAACUGAAACUGGCCUCAAUCAACAAAUUCUUCAAAAACGAGUGUUUGGCAUUUCAUGUGACAUUUCCAAUUACGAUCAAGUGAAUACAGUUCUCAUUCCUUUCAUUCAGGAAAAAUUGAAUCAUCACGUUGAUGUGUGGAUUAAUAAUGCAGCGAGUGGAGAUUGUCGAAAAAAAUUGGAAGAAAUGACACGUAAAGAAAUUGAAAAAAUUGUCAAUGUGAAUACUUUGGGAACCAUUUAUUGUGUUCAAGCAGCGAUUAAAUUCAUCAAGAAUCAAUCUGGAGAGGGUGGUCAUGUCUUUGUGAUGGAAGGAUUGGGGAGUGAUUAUAGAGCUUCCCCUGAAAUGUCUAUUUAUGGAAUGACCAAAGCAAGUUAUAGACAAUUUGUAGAUACUUUGUGUGAAGAAACCAAAGAUACCAAAGUGGGAAUUCAUAGAUUACAACCAGGAAUGGUCAUUACAAGAAUGCUUGUCACAGACAAGAACAAAUUGAACGAUCGUGUGAAACGAAUUUUCAACAUUCUAGCCGAGGACAGAGACGUUGUUGCUCGUUAUUUAUGUUCUGAAGUUUCCAAAACACGUGGAACCAAUACGUAUUCUCCCUUUCUCACCAAAUGGGUCGUGUUGUAUCGUUUCUUGACAUUUUUCGCACGAAAGAAUCGAUUUUUCGAUAAAGAUGGAAAAUUGAAAGAACAGUAUGCCAACCAAUGGUGA